AUGUCUGGUGAUAAAGAGUGCACUAAACUGUCUGCUGCAGCUAUCCCAUUAUCGAUUGAUCACAAACCUGAUAGAUCUGAUGAACGCCAAAGGAUUGAACAGGCUGGAGGGUUCAUCAUAUGGGCAGGAACAUGGCGUGUCGGUGGCAUCCUUGCUGUGUCUCGUGCAUUUGGAGACAAACUGCUUAAGCCAUAUGUGGUUGCUGAGCCAGAAAUUCAGGAAGAAGAAAUUGACGGUGUGGAGUUUCUGAUCAUUGCAAGUGAUGGACUUUGGAAUGUUGUAUCAAAUACGGAUGCAGUGGCUAUAGUGCGGGGCAUAUCGGAUGCUGAGGCUGCAUCAAGAAAACUCAUAGAAGAAGCCUAUGCUCGAGGGAGCUCUGACAACAUCACCUGCGUUGUUGUUCGAUUUGAGAAUUCGUGACUUUACAUUAGGGUUCAAAGGCCAGUUCCAAAGAGUUGGAGCAAGAAGAUGAGGUUUUCAGUUGCCAUGCUUUUGAUAUGCAUGCCUAUUGCUUGUGUCGUCCAUGCAAAAAAUAUAGGUUCUUCAUUCUUGUGGGGAUGGGAACUUGGUUUUGUAUCUGCAUUCCUUGUUGAAAGUUGGUAAUGUUUAUUGGAUGUAAAAUUACUUUGGAAUUACAAUUAAAGGAUUGUUACAGAGGACAAAAAAUUUAUAUUAAUUGAAAAGUCAAUAUGCUUCAAACA